UUUGUCCUGCCCCACACACGAGGAAGCUCCCAUGGCCAAACCCGCAUCAUCCGCAAGGCCUACGAGCAGGACUUCUACACCCAAAUGAUGGAUGAGUGCUACAAGCUGUGGUCCCAGCUGGAGAGGGAGGCGGGUGUCACACUGUACAGGCACUAUAACUCUGGUUUCUCGGUGGGCGCUGCGGGCAUGUACCUCCGGAUGGACGGAGAGCAGAACCAGACGGUGAUCUGGAAGACGUUCUACGACCAGGGUUCUCUGUGGAACCUCGUCUCCGUGCAGCUGGGUCGCAUCACCAAGCCUUUCCAGAUCGCCCUCGGUAAGAUCAGCCUCGGGGUGUUUGACGGCGUCUCCGCUCUGGACGACGUGACCUUCAGGAACUGCUCCAUGCCCCCUGCGGUGAAGGAGUGUCCGGCUCACACACACUUCCACUGCGCAGAGAGCAAGGCGUGUGUGGAGCAGAUGCAGCGCUGCGACCUCACGGACGACUGUGGAGACGCUUCGGACGAGCAGGGCUGCUCUCCGGAGCUUCAGUGCAGUUUUGAGCACGGCCUCUGCAGCUGGAAGCAGGAGCAGAGCGGAGGGGACGUGUUUGAUUGGACCCUCAUCCAGGGCCCGACCCCCACCCUGAACACCGGACCCUGGAAGGACCACACGUUGGGAACCAGCGCCGGACACUACCUCUACAUCGAGUCCUCGGGCCCUCAGGAGUUCAAAGAUUCUGCUGUUCUGCUGAGCCGGGCUUUCAGACCCACCGUGCACCGGGGGGGAAGGAAACACUGCGUCUUCCGGUUCCACUACCACAUGUUCGGGUCCCACGUGUUCUGCCUGGGUGUGUUCAUGAGGACCGCCUCUUCGGGUCGAGGUCACAUGCUGUGGGUCCGAUACGGAGAUCAGGGGAACCUCUGGCACCGGAAGACCCUGUACCUGACCAGCGCCAGGCCUUUCCAGAUCGUGAUAGAAGGAACCGUCGGGGAUGAUUUUAACGGAGACAUCGCCAUCGAUGACCUCUCCUUCCUGGACUGUGAACCACACCACGGUGAUCUCCCGGAUGCUAACACCACGACCCCCUCAGUGACGACCCCCCCACCCACUGUUCGGCCCCACGUCUGCCCUGAUGGACAGUUUGCUUGUGGGAGUUUGAGAGAGUGUGUUCCCGACAGCAACGUGUGUGACUUCAGUCUGGAUUGUUCUGACGGAUCGGACGAGUUAUACUGUGUGAGGGAGCGUUGUGAUUUCGAGGGCGGGGACACCUGCGGCUGGCAGAGCAACGACUCCUCUCUCGUCUCCACUCAUGCUUUCCGCUGGUCACCGGUCCAAGGAGAGAGCAUCCACGAUGGAGAGCAGAGCCACAGACCCAUCAACGACCACACCACCGGGGGUCCAGAGGGAUGGUACAUGUGCGCCGACAGCUCAAACGGAGGAUACGGUCAAACCAGCGACCUCCAAACACCUGUUAUGACCUCCAACGGACCACAAUGCACUCUGGUCUUCUGGUACCACAUGAGCGGGUUCACCGUGGGAUCACUUCAGGUGCUGCUGAAGUACGGAAACUCCACUCAUGAGGUCUGGUCUCAGUCUGGAAAUCAGGGGAACAAAUGGAGACGAGGAGAAAUGUUUAUAGGCAUUGCAAACAACUUCCAG